AUGCUGUCCGGCGACGUUCCCCCGAACCAGACCGUCUACUUCAGGAACCUCAACGAGAAGGUCAAGAAAGAAGAGCUGAAGAGAUCACUUUAUGCAUUGUGCUCUCAGUAUGGAAGGAUAGUGGAUGUUGUGGCCUUGAAAACUCAUAAACUGAGGGGGCAAGCCUGGGUGGCAUUCAGUGAAAUUACAGCGGCUACCAACGCUUUCCGGGGCCUACAGGACUUCGAUUUUUACGGCAAAAAAAUGCGGGUACAAUAUGCAAAAACAAAGUCUGACUGUUUUGCAAAAGCAGAUGGGUCUUAUGCUCCUAAAGAGAAAAGGAAGAAGCAAGAGGAGAAAGCUGCUGAGAAAAAACGGCGAACUGAAGAUGGGCAACAACCUGGUGCUAGUGCUCCUGUUGCCCCAAGCAAUGGAACUGGUCAUCAACCUUCUCGUUUUGCCAAGCCUCCGCAAGAGCCAGCUGCUCCGCCGAACAACAUCCUCUUCCUCCAGAACAUGCCGGACCAGACCACGAGCAUGAUGCUCCAGAUCCUGUUCCAGCAAUACCCUGGUUUCCGGGAGGUGCGGAUGAUCGAAGCCAAGCCAGGCAUUGCUUUUGUGGAGUACGAGGAUGAGAACCAGUCCAUGGUUGCAAUGGAAGCCCUCCAGGGUUUCAAGAUCAGCCCAGAGAACCCAAUGGCCAUCUCAUACGCCAAAAAGUGA